ACAUCUUGUGUUGUAAUGCAUACACCCAUAUUCCCUUUCAAACUUCAAUUUUUUGUUUCACUUUCAGCAUCUAUAAUUCCACUGGUCAUUGGAGGAGUGUGUGUGUUGUUCUUCUGUGUCUUUGCCGCCAUGCUGGUCAAGUUCUUUGCCAUUGAUCUGGCUCUCUUCUUCAGACCUUACCUCCCACUGAGCAAACACAAUGAAGAUAAGAGGAUCUACGACGCCUAUGUGGUCUAUCAGAUGCAGAAAAAGGACAAGGCCACAGAGGAAACACUGUCUCGGUUCAUCACAAAGAUUUUGCCGACCGUCCUCGAGAAUAAGUGUGGAUAUCGACUCUUCAUCCAUGGGAGAGAUGAUAUACCAGGGGAAGAUCGCCUGGAGCUGGUGGAGGACUGCAUGAAGCAGAGCAGGAGGCUGAUGGUCAUCCUCACCCCUGGUUCAGAAUCAGGGCCUGAAAUCACAGACCAAUGUCCAGCCUCACCCCAAACCGCAAUAUUAGGAGGGUUCGACUGGCAGGUUGGGCUCCAUCACGCGCUGAUUCAGAGGGAGAUGAGUGUGAUUCUGAUCCAGCUGGGGAACACCGGCCCACAAGGAUACACUAACUUCCCCCCUGGCCUGCAGCACCUGAUCCUUAAGAGCGCCCCCUUGAGGUGGCCGGAGAGUUCGCGGGGCGCUGCAGCCUGGAACUCCCGCUUCUGGAAGAGGGUUCGAUACCUGAUGCCUGUCACGCCGGCCACAAAACGUACACAGCCUGCUAUUGUCUGAAACUGUGUUAAUUCUUAGAAUAAAUGAGUAGGAAAGGACAAAACUGAGAAAAUGAGGUUUAUUUGUACACUACCAGUCAAAAGUCUGGACACACUUUCUCAUUCAAUGCUUUUUAUUUAAUUAUUUUGUACAUUGUAGAAUAAUACUGAAGACAAUGACACUAUAUAAGAAUACAGAAUGGAAAUUAUGUUGUAAACAACAAUGUUUUAAUCUUCAGUAUUAAUCUAUAAUGUAGAAAAUAAUGCAUUUUUCUUUUUUUAAAAGCAUUGAAUGAGAAGGUGUGUCCAAAUUUUUGGCUGGUAGUGUAUGUGUAUAGAAUGAUACAGAGACAGAGAAACAGUGUUUACUGGAGUUUACUGUGAUUUUUUUUCUUAUGUUGCUUUUCAAAAAAAAGACAACAUAUAAAUUUAAAUACAACGUGUAUAAAUAUGUACAGGAUAAGAAUGUGUUCAGCAGAAAUUACUGUAAUGUUAAAAAGAGACAAAAGAAGGUUUGUCUACAUGUAAAAAAUGUAAAGCAUCUGUGACACGAUCCACAGCAUUAAAAACUGCUUCCAGAUAUUUAUGCUGCUACCUGAGCAGCCUCAGGAAUAUCUCAGAAGAAAUAUAUGUCAAGCAAAUAGAAAAUGUGUUUGCCUGCUCAGUUGGCUGUAUUUGCAUUUGCAAAAAGACAUUUUUUUGAGUCUUUACUUUGUUUUCCAGAUGCUGUUUUGAUAUUUAUAGAUUUAAAAGAUUUUCUUAGUGUUUAAUUUCAUAUCACUUAAUCACUGUUUGUAUAAAUGCUACAAAGUAAAUGUAAAUACUACAUACUACAAAAGCUGGUCAUUCCUCUCUUUAUUGUUCGUUUAUUGACAUUAUUAAAUAAGUAAAAGUUUUCUCUACAGUGUUUACAGUGUUCCCUCCAGUAGAGGGAGACAAAGGUCCUUUAGAGAGAUGGUUUCACUUGAGCAGCAUUCCUGUUCUGACAGAUUUUCAGUGGUGGAACAAGUAUUGAGAUCCUUAAUUUAAGUAAAAACAGCAGUACUACACUGUAAAAAUACUGCACUACAAGUAAAAGUCCUGGUUUUACACCUUAGGUAAGUAAAAUUAUGUAAGUAUGAUAAGAAAACUAUUAAAAAAUGGAAGUAUUUUAAGCAAAAAUGUUCCCUGUCAGUGUUUUUUCUAUUACAAAUGAUCUUUUUGGAGUAAUAUUACUGCUUCAUUAAUGUUGUAUGUUGCAUUUUACUGCUCUAAAGAAUAGUGUUUGGACUCCAUAGGAAAUAUUAACAGACAGUUUGCAUCUGUCUUUCUGAGUUAUGUCCAAUGAAAUUAUAUUUAAAUUACAAACAAUAUUAAAUUAGGUGGAAAAGAUUUUCCUUCCUAAUCAAAGGUAUUCUUAGUUGCCAGUUAUUUAAUGAUUUGCAGCAUAAACACAAGUUUUUAAGCAGGUUACUCAUAAAAAUGAAAUUUCAACUGGUAUUUUCAUGUUAUUUUGAAAGUACUUUUUAAGUGUUGUGUAAUUCAUUAUCAUAAAUAU